AUGUUGGACGACACGGUUGUGCCAGUGGAGGCACCGCGGCCUACGGUCAUCGACAAUAGUUCUCACGAGAGAAUAACCGAGGCUAGGUUACUAAUACUCCGCAGCGAACAGGCCGUGCGUGACGCAGAAUUAGCACAAGCUAGGGCGGCAGCGGCUGCCGCCAGUAGCGCAUUAGCUCUAGCCAAAGCAGAGGCGGAGUUUGCCGAAGUCUGUACUCGUAAACAGACACCUGCGACGAUGAACAAACCCGCACAGGUGUCAGACGUACCCCCGGUACAAUGUUGGGUUAACGAACAGGCAAAAAUAGAACAAAAAGAUACUAUAAGACCGAGAAAUACGGCACCGAUGCCGUAUGUAGGUACAAGUAAUAAAAUAGCAAGUAAUGACAUUGAAUUGUUAGCGCAACGAUUUGAGAACGCGGUAGGUAAAGGUAGGCGCGACCCGGUAGUACAACGGCACGUUGCCGAGUUACCCAAAUUCGACGGUUCAAUAUCGGAAUGGAUAGCUUUCAAGGCUGAGUUCAACGACACUGAGGCUAUGUUCUCAGAAGUAGCAAAUGUAGGUAGGAUUAGGCGCGCGCUACGCGGCGACGCCAAAUACGCAGUUAAAGCCCUACUAUAUACUACGUCGGAUCCUUUCGAAAUUAUGGACAUGCUCGAGUUGCAAUUCGGCAACCCCGAGGCCUUAGUACUAGCAGAAAUAGAAGAGGUCAAACGGUUACCUAAACUAUCCGAAGACAAUCACAAUAUCGUAUCGUUCGCCGGCCAAGUCGCUAACGUGGUAGCCACCAUCAAAUCACUGCAUCAAGAACAAUAUCUCAUGGCCCCGGAGUUGGUCAAUAGGCUAGUCGAUAAAAUGAGUGUUCUAAUGCGACAUGAGUGGAAUAAACACCGCGUACAAAACCCUAAGGAAUUAGGUUUAGUGUCAUUAUCAAAAUUCCUAACAGAGGCCAGCAAAGCGGCAGGUCUAACUGUUACCCACGCAUCGCGUAGAUCCGCACAGAAAAAGCAUAGCGUAAACGCGGUAGCACAGUCGCGACACCGUUCACGCUCACGGUCGACGAGUAGGGAAUCGUAUAGCGAAACGGAAUAUUCCUACAAACGUUCAAGUAAACCUUUCAUUGCACAGGUCAGUAAAAAACCAGUAGAGAAAAAAUCCGUGAAAAAUAAUAAACCUAAAACACAUACGAACGCCCCGCGAGUUAGAGAAAGUAAUUCAAAUAAAUGUACGGUAUGCAGCGGCGAACAUUAUAUAACGAAGUGCGCCGAUUUUUUAAAGCUUAAUGUUGACGAGCGAUGGACGAAAAUGAAGGAAUUCAAAUUAUGCUACAGAUGUUUAGGGCCGUAUCACAGACGCUUUAAUAAAUGUAAAUACGUACCGUGCGGAACGGGCGAUUGCGAGGCGGCACAUCAUAAAUUACUACACGGCACUAGAAAAGAGAGCGAAACCCGCAAAGUGCAGUCGUCCAUAAGCCACUUACACGAUAAAGAUACCUAUUUAAAGGUUAUGCCAGUCGAAGUAAGCGGGCCAUUGGGCUCCGUACAAACAUACGGGCUUUUGGACGAAGGGGCGGGGCUUACUUUAAUAGAGCGCCAUAUAGCCGACCAAGUUACGCCUAGAACGCGUUCGUGUGAAUUAUCUCUAAAUACAGUAGGAGACAAUACUCUAGUAGAUAACGAGUCGUGCGAGGUAAACGUGUCUAUUCGCGGACUAAAGAGCGAGAACGUAAAUAAUCUUACGGCAUUUACAGUCGAAAAGUUAGGAUUACACCCGCAAGGAAUAAAUAAAGAAGUAUUAAGUAAGUGCGCUCAUCUCGAGGAACUACGAGACGAACUCACAUACGCUACGGGUAUACCUACUGUACUUAUAGGCCAGGAUAACUGGCAUUUAAUUGUUACUAGAGAAUUGAUAGAGGCCGACGAGAACCUGCCCGCCGCAUCCUAUACCAAGCUGGGCUGGGUCCUUCACGGCGCGGAAGCAAAACCGCGAAAGUUAAUAGCAACAAUUAAUCACGUAUCUCGUCGCGACGAACAAGAUACGCACGAAUUAAUAAAACAACAUUUUAACAUAGAGUCGUUAGGAGUAGAGCCUAAAAUAAACAGAUCCGAUCCUAAUAACCGCGCUUUCGAAAUCCUAAACGCAACAUGUAAAAAAAUACAGGGCGAAGAUAGGUACGAAGCAGGAUUAUUAUGGAAAACGGACAACGAAACUCUACCUAACAACAAAGACAAAGCAAUGAAACGGCUAGUAAGUUUGGAAAAACUAGACAGGGAUGACGGGUUAAAGGCAGAAUACUCUCGACAAAUACAAAACCUCCUAGACAAAGGGUACGCCGAAAGAAUACAUAAGCCUAACACGUCUCCCAGGGAAUACUACCUUCCACAUUUUGCCACUUUCCAUCCUCAAAAGGGUAAACCUAGAUUAGUAUUUGACGGAAAAUGCAAAAUGGCGGGUAAAAGCUUAAACGAAGCACUAUUGGUAGGACCAGAUUUACUGCUAUCAUUGUUCGGUGUGUUGAUACGAUUUCGCGAAGGCAAAGUGGCCGUCAUAGCGGACAUAGCCGAAAUGUUCUUACAAGUUCGCGUAAUAGAGCAGGACAGAGAUAGCCGAAAUAGAGGAGACUACCUCGCCAGAGGAUUGGCGAUGGGUGCCUACCUCACUAAACGUAGCCGACGACGCCACACGCGGCAUACCUAA